GACGUGAGUCAGCACCCUGGUCACCCAGCAACACAGUGUAAAUAACCCGGUGUUUUCUGUAGUCUCAAGAGCAUGAAAGAGUACAAGAGAAAUGAAUGAAACACCGGUUCGAGCUUGAUUAUUAAAUGAACUAGCCGAGGGCAGUGUUAAGUACAUCUUGGAAGCAUCACCGCGAGGAUAAAUCACAGGUCAGACAGACAGCUGAUGGUUGCGGACUAGCCAAUGGGGCUGUUUGACAAGUUGGCAGGAUGGCUGGGGUUGAAGAAGGAGGUGAAUGUGCUGUGUCUUGGCCUGGACAACAGUGGAAAAACCACCAUCAUCAACCAGCUCAAGCCCUCUAAUGCUCAGGCACAAGACAUCGUCCCAACCAUUGGCUUCAGCAUAGAAAAGUUCAAGACAUCCAGUCUUUCCUUCACAGUGUUUGACAUGUCUGGUCAAGGCAGAUACAGAAACCUCUGGGAACAUUACUACAAGGAGGGUCAGGCUAUCAUAUUUGUCAUUGAUAGUGCAGAUAAGCUGAGGAUGGUUGUGGCCAAAGAAGAGCUGGACACAUUACUAAAUCAUCCUGAUAUUAAACACAGGCGGGUCCCCAUCCUGUUCUUUGCUAACAAGAUGGAUGUCAGGGAUUCUCUGUCUUCAGUUAAGGUCUCACAGCUGCUCUGCUUGGAAAACAUCAAAGAUAAACCCUGGCACAUCUGUGCUACUGAUGCUCUGAAAGGAGAAGGCUUACAGGAAGGAGUGGACUGGUUACAAGAUCAAAUCAAAACAAUGAGAACAUGAGGGCAUGAAGAGCAACGUGCCAGAGGAAGUCUCUUAUGAAAGAAGGUACCAUGGACAACAAAUGCUUUUAACAGGAUAUUUAGAUGGUUCUUAGAUGUCUGUGGUUUACUCGAAAUCUGAGCGCAUGAUUUGUGUCUCUGGUACCAGUGAGAAUAGAAAAAUGUAUGCAGAGGCUAUUUUUCUGAUAUUUGUUAUUUGUUGACCAGAUGUUGUCAUGCUCUCCAGUUGACAUGGCCUUUCUCAAAGUUGCAAAUACCAACUCACUGUCAGAUUAAAAACAACAGUUACUAUGUGUAUUGUAGCUAAUACUCAUUAAGUACUUUGAUUAGCUGUGAAAAUAUAUUUCACAGCUAAUCUUUGAUUUCUUUGAUUUGCUGUGAAAAUAUAUUUUACAUAUAUAAAAAUUAUAACCAGGGCCCAAUAGAUUUUUGUUGUAUAUAUUGUUACUUGUGACUAAGUGUACAUACAUAGUUGUUGCCUUAGUUGUGAAAAGUGAUGAAAUGAUUGUCAUAAAGUUAAUUAGCCUGUCAAGUUUGUUUAAAAAUCAUAACUUCUCUUAACAAAACUUAUUUUUAAUUAGUGUUUUUAUCUUUGCCUUAUUUCAAUGCUCAUAGAUAUUUUUUUUUUUACAAUUGACUAAUGUUACUUCAGUGAUUCAAAGGCAGACAACUAAAAAAAACAUCUGCACCCUCUGCACAAAGUUUUAAGGUUGGCUUUUGAACCUCUUUAGUCUCUGACUGAAAACUUCUGCAGAUCAGAGUGUGUGGUUGCUUUUUUUUUGGUGUUUGUCAGGCUUUAUCACGUCAUCCGAACUUUAUAGCAAGUGAGAAGUGUUUCACUGUUUUUGUGUAGUUUAAAGGCAAAAAGAUGUAACUAAACAAAAUUUUGAAUUGUGAUAAAAAUCUUUCAAAUAUUGCUGUUUUAUUUUAUAUACUCGUUCUCCUGUUGUAAACCCUCAUUUUCAUACCAAAAUAACACAUAUUGCAAAACUACACAGUAACACAAACUGUUCAACUGUCACCCCAGUAACACCUGACUGGAGGUGAACAUACAGUACACUGUUAAUAUUACUGAUCCUUGUAGUCCUGUUCACUAUCACAAGAGCAAAUCUAGAAUGUGACUUCAAGACAGAAACGUCUUUGUUUUAAAAGGGAUGUUGUUCAUGUGCUAAAAUCUUAACUGUGGUGUGUAUUUCCAGAGUGAAUGGUGGAUAAUAUACAAAAAUUCCUAUUAGUUUUGGCUUUAAGUUUAGGAAAUAAGUGAAAAGUCCAUUCAUGCUGGUCCGGCCCUUUUUUAUACCAUUUUACUGCACAGAUACAGCGCAAGCAGAAGAUAAUCCUUUUCAUCAUCGAGUACUUGAUUAUUUGCUUAAAAACAGAUAUACAAGCUGAAAAUCCUCCUUUUGUUGCCAUUUUUACACACUAAAAGAAGUGUAAUAUUGUACUAACAAAGUGCAGAAUUUUAAAAUCCUACACAUAGUGGCUAUAAGCACACAACAUUGAUUUUGUAAAAUAUUUUCUAUCUGCAACUGUAAGAUAUUUCAGCAUGGAGAUCUUCAGGGAGAAGUUUUAUCUAUGCUCAUACUGUGCAUUUUCAAAACAAGGACCUUCUAAGCACAAGUUCACUUUAGCAUCAGAGAAGUUGUAGAUUGACCUGUAUCAUCAGAUGAGCUAUAUGUAUUUUGUUUAUUACAGUGUAUGUGUUAAUUUUCAAAGAAUAAAUGCUAUGGAAAACCAA